CCUGCCCGCCUCAAAGAUGGCGGCGGGGGCGCGCCCCUCCCGCGGGGGCCGACGGGAAGGAAGUUCGAACGGGCUGGCGGGCGCUGGCGGGCGAUGGCGGCCAUGGCGGAGGAGCCGACAGAAGAUGGUGCGGCGCGGACUCUGCCCAGCCUCAGGCGGCUCUCCCGGGUUCUGCCCUUCGGACGGAUCCACAGCCGCCUCGGGAUCAGCCCCAGCGGCCGCCUCAUCGUGCCGGCGUCGUGCUCGCAGGAAAACGUCGAUCCGCCGGAAACAGCGUUUCUGCUGCACAAAGCCUGGACGCUGUACAGCGUGACCCCCCUGUACCGCUUCCGCCGCGCCCGCCUCAGGGACUACGCGCGGCUGCUCAGCGCCUUCAUCGCCGCCGAGAAGCAGAAGGGGCUGGCGGUGGAGGUGGGCGUCGAGCUGGACAUCAAGGUGGCCGUGUCCAGCCUUGCCGACCUCAGGGGCAGCGAGCAGGACCAGCCUGCCGUCCUCGUGCAGCUCUCUUUGAGGUCAGGAGCUUCCUCCAGGAACUUUGAAGACAAACUGGUGUGGUUGGGCUGGUUUUGCUCUGUGUAUGGAGAUGACCUUUCUGAGAAUGUGCCGGAGGACUUUACCUGUUUGCCCCUGUUCCUGACCCACGGGGCUGAGAGCUACACGUCCAUGGUUGGAAGCUGGUUCCAGAAGACUUUUGACUGCUGCUUCCGCCGCCUGGCCAUCAGCCCCCUGAAUCUCAGCUGGAUGGUGGCCAUGUGGGCUGGCUGCAAACUGGACAGAGCCGCCUCUGCUGUGGAACUUGUCUUCUCCGUGCCCCACCUGUCUCAGCCCCUAGAUAUUUCAUACGCCAUUCACCCAGAGGAUGCCAAAGCUCUGUGGGACACGGUCCAAAAAACACCAGGAGAGAUCACCCAAGACGAGGUGGAUGUCUUCAUGGACUGCCUUUACGCCCACUUCCACAGGCACUUCAAGAUCCAUCUGUCAGCUACAAAGCUGGUGAAGGUUUCGACAGCGGUUGCCUCGGCACACUGUGAUGGGAUUGUAAAGAUUCUACACAGCCAACACCUGCCUGGAGUGCUGAUGCUAUUGACUGAACUCGCAAUCUCUCAGAUACAGUGAGAGCCAUUUCAGUAACUCUUCAUACUAAAAAGGCUUCCUGUUGGACAGUCUGUGCUGAGAAACCACCAGGAAACUCAUUCAUGCAGCAUCUUCUUUCCUCUCAUUCUGGCUGUCCAAAGUCGGACUGUAACUCCAGCACUUGGCUGUGUAACUCCAUGCCAUGCACAGCAAAGUGAAGCAGACAUUUGGCCCUGAAGAAGGGCUGCAAUGCAAACUUGUGACAGCUUCCUGAGCAGCUUUGUUUUCUCAGAGUCACUCAUUUUAUUUACGUGCAGGUAUCAGCUCAGAGACAAACGAUGCAAAUGCUUGAUGCAACUUACUGACAGGUAUUUCUGUUGUUUCAGAGAGCAAGUUGGUUUUCACUGGGCAGCCUAAGAUACACAGACUUUGGCCUUGGCUAAACUGUGACUACUCUUGGGCUAGUCUAAAUGCAAAAUUCAGCACACCUGAGAAAGGGUGCAUGCUCUACAAUCCAGGUCAAAAAAAUCCAGGUUUCUAACUCCCUUUUUAGCUUCUUAAGGGUAGUUGGUGAUAAUGUUCAUCUGUGUUCCAGUUGGGCAUGAGAUUGGACACAAGGCACUUGUCAGCCUGUUGGUCCUCCCAGGCAAGUUGAUAGAUAGGAAAGUGAGGUCUGUGGAUAAGCUUGAUAGUUACUAGGCUUUGUCCUGAUGUUUCUAAUCUUGGAUGUAAUCCUGUAAGCCAGAGAUCUCUCAGGGUUGGAGCUGUGUGCUAUAAUUUUAUGUUGGAUCCCUCCCUUCUGGAAUGGGUGGGAGUUCAGAGGUACAGUGCACAGUGUCUGGCUAGACAUUUAAGGAGCAGAAAGUAGCACCUGCUAAGACUUUUUGUAAUACAGUACUAAAUAAAGAAAAUAUUUUCCAUCUUUUGUCUUAAGGAAAGACCACCUGUGUCUAAUUAAAUAUAUGCUUGCAUGGAGCUUAUUUACAACUACAGCUUACCUGACCAAACCACCACUUGUUACUUAUUAAAUAUUUCUGCAGCAAAAUUCCAAAUCUAGUUUCUUGCUUCACACUUCUGUAGCAUCUCUAGGAGCUGAUUUGUGCUAUGACUUUCUCCUAAAUAGGGAUGUUGUUUCUUUUCCCAGUGUAAAACUGCCUAACAUGACAUAACUGAAUGCCUAGUUCCUAACCUCUUUCCAGAAUUAGACAAAGAAACACGCACUUGGUUUCAGAUUCUUUAC